AAAAAGAUUUCCCUUAAUACAAUAAUUAAGCAAAUGUCUGAACGAGGCCGUGGUCAUUAUAACAAUAGAGGCGGAGAGCGUGGAGCAAGAGGUGGAGGACGCGGCGGAGGACGUGGCGGACGUGGCGGAUACCACAACAACCAACAGGAUAAGCCCAAGAAGGAAUCCAUCUUGGAUUUAAGCAAAUACAUGGAAAAGAAAAUUCGCGUGAGAUUCAACGGUGGAAGAGAAGUUGUUGGCACUUUGAUGGGUUACGAUCCGUUAUUAAAUUUGGUUUUGGACAACACUGUUGAAUACCAGAAAGAUUUAGAGACUGGCUAUAUCACAGAAAAGACAAGACAAUUAGGAUUAUCUGUGCUUCGUGGAACUGCCGUCAUUCUCAUUUCUCCCUUUGACGGUAUGGAAGAAAUCGAGAAUCCCUUCUCCCAAUAAAAAAAUUGUAAAUUUAUCAUUUUUAUAUACAAAA